GAUUUCUUGGACAAGCAAGUCAAAGCAACAUGCAUUCAACAAUGACAUGCAAGAGUCCGUCUUAAAUAUGCAAAGGUGAUGAAAUGCGGGUCGAGUGCAGAUUUGUUCGGAAAUGAAGAGCCGGCCCCUUUUCCCCCGAGGAGUGGUACGGUCCUCCCCUCCCCCCGCGGCAAGAGAAUGAAUGAAAUCACAUUGGGAUGCGGCCCAGAGCCCGCAGCAACACAUUCUUGAAGCGGGGCCGGCCGGCGUGCAUUCCACUCUGACUCCGACUCAAGUCGGCGUGACUUUCCCGAUGAACCUGCUCGUGUUGAUGCUGCUGAUGCAGCAAACGGCUUCCCAGCAGCGAGGUCUGUUCCCGGCCAUUUUGAACCUGGCCACCAAUGCCAAGAUCAGCAGCAACGCCACCUGUGGAGAGCCGCGAGCGGAGGUUUACUGCAAACUGGUGGAGCACGUGCCCGGGCGCUUGAUCAAGAACCCUCACUGCCCCAAGUGCGAUGGCAAUUCCCUUCUGCUCGGAGAACGCCAUCCCAUCACCAACGCCAUCGACGGAACCAACCGAUGGUGGCAGAGUCCGAGCAUCAAGAACGGGCGCCAAUUCCACUGGGUCACCAUCACGCUGGAUUUGAAACAGGUCUUCCAAGUGGCUUACAUCAUCAUCAAGGCAGCCAACUCUCCCCGACCGGGGAACUGGAUCCUGGAGCGCUCGGUGGAUGGCGUCACCUUCGAGCCGUGGCAGUUUUACGCCAUCAGCGACUCGGAGUGCUUGUCUCGUUACAACGUGGCACCCAGGCUUGGAGCGCCGACCUACAAAGGUGACACGGAGGUCAUCUGCACGUCCUACUACUCCAGGCUGGAGCCGUUGGAGCACGGAGAGAUCCACACGUCACUGAUCAACAGUCGACCCGGUGCGGAUGAUUUGACCUCGGAACUCUUGAACUUCACCUCGGCCCGUUUCAUCCGACUUCGCUUCCAGCGAAUCCGGACGCUCAACGCCGACUUGAUGACUCUGAGCGUGCACGACCCUCGAGACAUCGACCCCAUCGUAACGCGCCGAUAUUAUUACUCCAUCAAAGAUAUCUCAGUGGGGGGGAUGUGCAUCUGCUACGGACACGCCCGAAGCUGUCCUCUGGAUCCUGUGACCAAGAAACUACAGUGUGUGUGCGAACACAACACUUGCGGAGUGAGCUGCGACCACUGUUGCCCCGGAUACCACCAGCAACCAUGGCAACCGGGAACUAUCUCUGUGGGAAACACAUGUGAAAAGUGCAACUGUCACAACAAAGCAAGCGACUGCGUCUACAAUCAAACGGUCGCCGAUCUCGGCUUGAGCGUGGACAUGGGCGGAGUUCAUCGUGGAGGCGGAGCCUGCGUUGAGUGUCGGCAGAACACGGCCGGAGUCAACUGCGAGACCUGCGCCGAGCGUUACUACAGACCCGAACGGGUUUCUCCUUAUUCCGAGUGGCCGUGCCUGGAAUGUGAUUGUGACCCGCGAGGUGCGAGGUCUUCCAUCUGCACCAGAGACGGCGCCAGCGCGGGCCAGUGUGCAUGUAAGGAGGGGUUUGCGGGCCGGAGGUGUGACCGCUGUGCCUUUGGAUUCCGAGAUUUUCCCCUUUGCGCUCGCUGCGAGUGCAACCCGGCGGGCAGCGUGAACGGCGACCCGUGUGACGACGAUUGCGUUUGUAAAGCCAAUGUGGCGGGGCUCCACUGCGACUUGUGCAAAUCGGGAUUCUACAACCUGCAAGCUGCCAAUCCGCUGGGCUGCACCGACUGCUUUUGCUUCGGCGUGUCGGACGUCUGCGAAAGCUCCACUUGGACGGCCUCGCAGGUGGUUUCGGCGGGCGCUUGGCUCCACCCUUCCUCUUCUGUCCACACCAACCUGACUCACCAACUUCCCGCCUCCGGCGACCUCUCCUCCAGCCAUGGUCAAACACAAGAGCUGCGGUGGGAGGCGCCCGACAGUUUCCUCGGCAACAAGCUGUCGUCCUACGGCGGUCUCCUAAACUAUUCUGUCGCUUAUGGCGGCUCACUGGACAACAACUUUGUCCCGGCCAGCACCAACGUCAUCGUUCAGGGCAACGGGCGAGCGCUCCGGUUCUCGUCGCCUCGCGUCCUGGUCCUCUCGCCUUCGGCCAAGCGCUCCGUAGCCGUCCGCGUGCUCCCAAAUCAAUUUGUAGACCAGCAAUCGGGCGACCCGGUGAGCCGUGACGACCUGCUGUCCGUCUUGGCUGAGGUGACAUCGCUGAGGGUCAGAGUUCACCUCAACGCCUCUGCGGGCGGAGAUGUGCGCCUCGUCUCGGCGUCCCUCGAUGUGGCCGACUCUUGGUCUGUGUCUGGUGUCCGGGCGGUUGCCGUGGAAACGUGCGAAUGUCCGUGGGGCUACAGCGGAACUUCCUGUGAGUCGUGCCUCCCGGGCUUUUACAGGGUGGCUGGAGUUUUAUUCGGAGGGAACUGUAUGCCGUGCGAAUGCAAUGACCACGCCUCCGACUGCGAUGUCGCCGGCGUAUGUUUGGGCUGUCGCCAUCAUACGACGGGUCCCCACUGCGAUCAGUGCCUCCCCGGUUUCUACGGCGAUGCCACCGAGGGCACGGCGGAUGACUGUCGGCGUUGCGCGUGUCCCCUGACGGAGGCGUCCAACAGUUUCAGUCUGACGUGCUCUCUGGACGCUUUUGGACUGGUGAAGUGUGACCAGUGUCAGGAAGGCUACACCGGGAGCACGUGUCACAAGUGUUCCGACGGUUUCUACGGCAACCCGCAGGUAGUGGGCGGGUCCUGCGUACGUUGCCAAUGCAAUGGCAACGUGGACACCGAGGAGGCGGGCCAUUGUGACGCCGUCAACGGGGAGUGCCUCCGUUGCCACAACAACACGGGCGGGCGGCACUGUGAGAUCUGCGCCGAGGGUUUCUACGGCGACGCCGUGCACCGAAAGAAUUGCCGAGAGUGCGCCUGCCACGUCGUCGGAUCUUUGUCAAGCGUCUGCGAUGUCGCAUCGGGCCAAUGCCAAUGUCGAGACAAUGCGACGGGACGGGCGUGCGACCGUUGCCAGCCGGGCUUCUUUGCACCGCAGGAUGGCCAGGGCUGCCUGGCCUGCGGCUGUGACCCCAGGGGGUCUUUGGAGGACUCCUGUGACGCGGAUGGCCGCUGCCGAUGCGUGCUCGGUGUCGACGGAGAUAAGUGUGACCGCUGCAGCCGCGGUUACUUUGAUUUCCGUGCCAACGGCUGCAGAGCGUGCAAGUGCAAACACACGGGCGGGAACUGCCACCACCAAACUGGGGAGUGCAUCUGCCCUCCACACACAGAGGGCGACACCUGUGACACCUGCGAGGCGGGAUACUGGGGUCACCAUCCCAUUACGGGCUGCAAGCUUUGCAACUGCAGCCCAGAGGGAAGCUCCGCCUCUCAGUGCGAGCUGACCGUUGGCCAGUGUCUGUGCAGAGAGGGAUUCUCUGGCAGGUCAUGUGACCUGUGCGCUCCCGGUCACUACGGUUACCCAGCGUGCUUGCCGUGCGGCUGCGACCUGCUCGGAACCCAAGAGGACUCGUGCAAUCAGACGCUCGGCGUGUGCAACUGCCAACCCAGCGGCCAGUGUGUGUGCAAGGCGGCGGUUUCGGGGCAACGCUGCCACGAGUGCAUUUCGGGUUUCUUCGCGCUGUCGUCAGCAAAUCCGGACGGCUGCUCUCCGUGCUUCUGUUCUGGACUCAGUCGCGAAUGCCAGGAGCACGCCGGCCUCGCCAGAGCUCCUAUCACGUUGGCCGGCCUUCCUGCUCUGCCGCUGCCCUUGGUCAGCCAGUCAAACCUGGAGGGUGUCACGACUGGAGUCUACCAGCAGGGCGGUGACAUAGUGCUGGACAGCCGCCACUUGAACAAGAGCGGACUGAGCGCUCCUCUUUACUGGAAGCUGCCCCCCCAAUUUGAAGGCCAGCAGCUGCUGUCGUACGGCGGCGUGCUGUCCUAUGUCGUGACCUUCUAUGCGGAGGAGGUAAGAGGGCUGGCCGAUCAGGAGCCUCAAGUGCUGAUGAGGGGAGGAGCCUUGAGGAAGCUGCUCAUCUACACCGACAUACCCGCCCCUGACAGCGGCAUCAGGACCCAGCAUGACAUCCGGCUGACAGAGCACAAGUGGAGGUAUUUCAACUCGGUGUCCGACAAGGCGGUCAGUCACAGCGACUUCCUGUCGGUGCUCGGCGACUUGCAGUACAUUCUGGUCAAGGCUUCGUACGGGACGCGACUGCAACAGAGCAGGAUCUCAAACAUCACCAUGGAAACGGCACGGGAAGAACGAGAAGCCGGCGAGUCGGGCACUGGGUCGGGCGCGGCCAGACUGAUUGAGUCGUGUGUGUGUCCGCCAGGUUAUGCCGGAAUGUCCUGCCAGGAAUGCGCGCCGGGUUUCUUCCACCAGCCACUGUCAGAAUUGCCGCCACAGGCCCGCAAGUCUGCUUUUGUGCGACCAUGCGUGGCGUGUCGCUGCAACAACCAUAGCAGUAGCUGCGACACACACAGCGGCCACUGCCAGGAGUGCCAGCAUCACACCGAAGGGAGCAGCUGUGAGUCGUGCUCCCCGGGCUAUUACGGGAACGUCAGCGGCUCCGUCGACGACUGCUCACCGUGCGCUUGCCCCCGAGUGGACAACAGUUUCAGUACCACCUGUGUGUCCGAGGGAACGCUCGGAGACUUUCACUGCACUUCCUGUCUGACGGGAUAUGAGGGCCGCUACUGCGAGCGGUGCUCUCUGGGUUACUACGGCAACCCCUCAUUGCUGGGGGGGGCAUGCACCCCAUGCGGCUGUAGCACGUGGGGGUCCCUGCAUCCGCUGUGCGAGCCGCUGAGCGGCCUGUGCCGGUGCAAAGCCGGGUUCAAGGGUCCAACGUGCGAGCAAUGUGAUGAGCGACACGUCUUGGAGGGAAGCCAGUGCUUGCCCUGUGACGACGGCUGCGCCGGCGCUCUCCUGGACGACUUGGACCGAAUGCUCGCGCGAUGGCCGGCCAUCAACAUCAGCAGUGCCGCCGUGACGUCCUACCGCCAGCUGGCGGUGCUCGAUAAGCGCAUCAGAGACAUGCAGCUGUUGUUUUCAGAACGGACGUCUUUGGAGGUGCAGUUGUACGCAGUGGAAGAAGACUCCACGCAGCUGACCUCUGACCUCGACAUUUUGAUAAAGCAGGCCACGAGUGUGUCACGUGAGUGGGAGCAAGCAGGCGUGGCAGCCAACGACAGCUUGUCACUCGCGGGCCAAAUGAUGGAGAAGAUUGAGCGCUUUCAAAACCGGAUUGAAGCACUCGCCGGGGAGGCGGAGCAACUGAAUCGGGCCGCCCAGGAGGGGCUCGAAACGGCUAAUCAGACACGCCUCCUGGACCAGAUGGUCUCCGCGAUGGAAAGCAUGCGAGCUGUCAAUCUGAGCGCUGCCGCCAGCUCGGCACGUCUUGAGCUCAGUUUGUCAGAGUCUCUCCUGGAGUCGCUCCAACGCCACUUCCUUCCUGGCACAGGCAACAGGCUCCGCCUCCUCGUCGCCAGCCUCAGCGCUCAGGUGCAAAAGUUGCGAGAAGUGCAAACACGCCUGCAAGAUGCUGCAAAAGAUAACGAUCAAACGCACCUCGUGAUAAACGCCACAAACACUCUGCGUGCCCGCUAUCAGGCAGCCUACCAGAACGUCAGUUUUGCGCACAUGUGCGUGGAGGAUGGGAUGGAAGCCAGCCAGCUUCUGCUAAAUGACGUGGUCAACCUGAUGGAGGCGUUCGCCAACGUCACCGCCCAGGCAGACACACUGGGAGGCGAGCUGGAUCAAUGGCGUCCUCUGCUGAGGCAAAAAGUGGAGGAUCUCGUCGUGGGACUGAAGAGCACCGAUUCGCUGGAAAGAGUCUACCAAGCGGAGAGCCACGCCCAGCUGCUUGACAGCCACGUCCUCUCUUUACACAGUGCUCUGUCGUCGGUGUGGAACUCUUCUAAAAACAGCAGCCGAUUGGUGCUGCUGGAUGCCGAUGUCGCAAACGGCGUCGACAAGGCUCGGCGAGUUGCUUCGGACGCUUGGAAGUCCGCCGGCCUUGCUGUCAAUAUGACCGACCAAGCACAGCAAUUCCUGUCAGCGGAAGACGGGGUCGGCCUGAGCGGAAUUUUUGAUGUGCUCCGCGAGAGUCGAGUGAUCAACAAGACAGCCGAAGAUAUCGGUCUGAUGGUGUCCGGCGUGAUUGUGAGACAGCGGAUGCUGAGCAAAAGUUUGCACGACAACGGCGUCCUCCUCCGUCAGCCAAUCAGAGAGCUGCAGAGUCUCUUUAACGGGUCGCAGCUGCCCCAGGAGACCCGGUCGCAGGUUGCGCUUGCCCGCUCCAGCCUGCUGGAGGCGCUACAGCACCUCUACUCCCUCAAAGAGCAGCUGCAGGAUUCUUCUUCUGUGGUGGACAAAAGCAACCAGAGCGUGGCAGAGACCAAUCGGCUGAUGAUGCGCACACACACCACAGCCGAUGAGGCGCGGCGGAAACUGGAGGAGGCGGAGCAUCGCGUGCAGCAUUUGAGUGACAAAAUAAAGCCGCUGAGCGUGCUGGGAGAAAGUCUACGCAGGAACCUGUCAGACAUCCGAGUGCUCAUCGAGCAGGCCAGAAGACAAGCGGCGUCUAUUAAGGUGGCGGUGCAGGCAGAUGGCGACUGCGUCCGUUCCUACCGACCCCAAAGUCAAUCCAGCAACUUUAACACUUUGAUUCUGACCUUGAAGACCGAGAGUCCAAACAAUCUGCUCUUCUAUCUGGGCAGCGAGACAACGGUGGAGUUCCUCGCCGCGGAGAUGCACAAUGGCAAAGUUUCUCUGCUCUGGGACGUUGGCUCUGGCAGCACCAGGCUGGAAUAUCCGGGACUGGACAUCGCGAACAACAAAUGGACCAUCAUCAAUGCCACACGGCUGGGCUCUCGCGGGUUCCUGUCGGUGCAUCAGCUGGAGGCGGCGCCAUCGCAAACGGUGACGGCGGCGUCGCCUGGACGAGCCCGGAUUCUCCACAUUGACAACGCCACGGUGGUCCAUAUCGGAGGGCUGGCGAACGGCACUCGGAGGCCGGCCGCGUUGCAGUGGACUACCUUUAGGGGCUGCGUGGGCGAAGCGUCGCUGGACGAGAAAAACGUCGGCCUGUGGAACUACAUUGGGCAACAAGGACGAUGUGGAGGCUGCUUCAGCAGCCCGCAGGCGGAAGAGACGGCUUUCCACUUUGACGGGUCCGGAUUCUCCUUGGUCCAAAAGUCUCUGCGAGCCACAUCCACAUCCAUCGUCUUAUUGUUCAAAACACUGUCGCCAGGCGGAUUGCUCUUGUACCUGGCCUCCAACAACACAAGGGACUUCCUGUCCAUUGAGCUGGUGGAGGGCUGCGUCCGUCUGACCUUUGACCUCGGGUCUGGUCCUCUGGUCCUAACCUCCAGUAGGAAGUACAACACCGGCGUGUGGUACAAGGUCACGCUGCAAAGAAACCGGCGCAAAGGUUACAUGUCAAUCAUGGCAGCUGACCAAUCAUCAGAGAAAGAAGUGUUGGAGGCGGAGUCACCGGGAACUGCGUCCGAUCUCAACCGUUCUGACCACGACCCCAUCUACAUCGGUGGACUUCCCGCUUCCCGACCAAUCAGGCGACAGGUGGUCUCCAGAUCCUACGUCGGCUGCAUCAAAAACGUCGAGAUUGCAAGGUUGAACUUUGACCUGCUGAGAGAUGCCUAUGGAGUCAGGAAAGGCUGCAUUCUUGAGGCCGUGCGGAGUGUGUCCAUGUUGAGCGCGGGCUUCAUUCAGAUUGCUCCACGUCCGCUCGCUCAGGAGGCGGAGUUUCUCUUCUCCUUCAAAUCGAACAACCAAUCGGGAAUCCUGUUGGCCGCCUUCACCGAUGACCUCUCCCAGCGACGGCACUUCCUGUGUGUCUACCUGCUCCGUGGGUCUUUGGAGGCGGAGCUCGGGGAGAUAGGUGCGAGUCAGCGAGUGGCAGUCACAGCGGCCAAAGGCGGAUCCCUCAUCGACGGGUCAAAACACUCGGUCAUUGUUAACGUUAAUAGGAAGUCUCUUUCCAUCCAAGUCGAUGAGGGCCACGUCAAAUCGGCCUCACUGUUGCCGGGCGGGCUCUCCGGGGUCGCCACGGCCUCUUUUUUCAUUGGAGGACUUCCUUCGGGGGAUGAGUCGCAGUUGCCAAUCAGAUUACAGAAGCUAUCCAAGAUGUUCAGAGGCUGCAUACAGCACCUGGUGCUCGGCACCCAGUUCAUCGACCUGUCGUCGGCUGUCAGGUACAAGGGCGCGGCGCUCGACAGUUGCCUCCUGGAGGAGAAAACCAGCGGGGCGGUGCUUCCAGAAGAGGAGGAUGUCGAAGCUACUCUGAAGCCUUCCCACCUGUCAGCCGCUGUCCCGCCUGCCCAGCCGACGCCUUUGCACCUCACGUGUACGCCCGAGUCCGACUUGCGAUUCCUGCCCACGGCAGCUCACUUUGGUUCAUCGCCGCGGAGUCACAUGGCUUUUACCAUCCGGCCAGUCGCUGUCCGCAAACGCGUGUCCGUGCGCCUGUCGCUUCGAACUCGAGCUCAAAAUGGUUUACUGCUCCUCCUGACCGACGACAACCAGCUGAACUUUGCCGUCCUGCGGCUGGCAACCGGGCGGGCGCUGAUAUUGGCGAACCUCGGGAAGGGCGUCGCCACCGUCGCCUCCUCCGUUGCGGUGAAUGACGGAAAGUGGCACACGAUCACCGCCGACGUCAGUCGGCGCCAGCUUUCGGUCUCCGUGGACGGCUCGGCUGCCGACUCGACAACGCUCAGAGGGAGCCAGCUGAAUGUCCACGGCAGACUGUACCUGGGCGGACUACCACCCGCGCACAUCACCCCAAGAAUAAAUGUGACAAGCCUCCGAGGUUGUCUUCACUCUGUGACUGUGAACGGCGUCACGCUGGAUCUCUCUCAACCGGCCUCACAACAUGACAUCACUUCCUGUUUCACUGAGGAGGAGGCGGGAAGUUACUUCAACGGCAGCGGCUACGCUGUGCUGAUGCGGGACGGAUAUAAGGUGGGCUCUGACAUGUCGGUGUCUCUGGAGUUUCGUACCAGCCAAUCGGAAGGCGUCUUGCUUGGUAUCAGCAGCGCCAAGGUUGACGCCAUUGGACUGGAGAUGAUCAAAGGACAGGUGGUGUUUAACGUGAAUAACGGGGCGGGCAGAGUACGGGUCGCCUCUGGCGGCCCCGCGCUGUGUGACGGACAUUGGCACCGCCUGCUGGCCAGGAAGACCAAACACAGCCUGAGCCUGAGUGUUGACGGGCGCGACAAUUCCGUCAACAACCCCUACCCACAAUCCACCUCUGCAGAGACCAAUAAUCCCGUGUUCGUGGGCGGGUACCCAGACGGAAUGAAACAGAAUUGCCUGUCCGUCAAGACGGGCUUCAGAGGUUGUCUGAAGAACGUUCAUCUCAUAAAGUCGCACGUCAGCAGCCCUCUAGACAUGAGCCAGGCCCACUUCUCGUUGGGGGUCACCCCAGGCUCGUGUCCUGCCGCCUAGCUGCACUUCAAAUGGUCACGGUUUGUUUUUCCUUUGGCAAAUAAAGAUCUGCAAAAAUCUGCUAUCGCUUUA